AUGCGGUAUCGACUUCGUUGGGCCGAUAAUGGUAAAAAGCAGCUUGCGAAGAAAAUCAGCAUGUACAAAGGGGCGUUAAACAGGUUUUUUGAUCGUCGAGGUCGAAGUUCAGUCAUAUAUUCUGAUAACGCCACUAAUUUUGUUGGAGCGCAAAGGCAACUCAAAGAAAUAUUUCAAUUAUUUCAAUCCACGGAUCACCAAAACAAAAUUAUGACAGUUCUCGCGGAUAAGGGCGUCGAAUGGAAGUGCAUACCGCCACGUUCACCGCAUUUCGGAGGGUUGUGGGAGGCGGCUGUAAAAUCUAUGAAGAAUUUACUAUAUAAAGUGUUAGGCGAGGCUAGGCUUACAUAUGAAGAAAUGAGUACGGUACUGACCCGGGUAGAGGCUUGUUUAAAUUCCCGUCCAAUAACGCCAAUGUCCUCUGAUCCAGUCGAUCUUUCUUUUUUAACGCCCGGGCAUUUUUUAAUUGGGGACGCCAUAAAUGCUAUACCAGAGCCCGACGAAACAACCACACCUGAUAACCGGUUGGACAGGUGGCGAAGAGUUACUAAAUAUUCUCAAACGCUGUGGAAUCGCUGGAGUACCGAAUACCUUAAUCAGCUUCAAGUAAGGGUUAAAUGGGCAGGUACUAAAGGCCCGUCGAUAAAAAUCGGAACCGUGGUAAUAAUUCGAGACAGCAAUUUACCCCCCCUGCAGUGGCGUCUAGGACGGGUGGUCAAGCUAGAAUCUGGCACUGAUGGCGUGGUUCGGGCGGCGUCUGUUCAAACCAACAGUGGUGUAUGGAAAAGGGCUGUGCGGUUACUUUGUCCUCUGCCAUUUGAAGGGAACACGAGUUAA